CGUUUCACCUUGAGAUCCUUUCCAUUCCCUCAAAAUUACUGCCUACAAGAACCCCUUCCGACGCUCAACCUCGCCUUGACUUUCUUGAAUCAGUGUCAAUUUGCUUGUAUAUGUCGAAAUGGGCAAGUUCAGCCUCAAGAAGGGUGACAAUGAUGACGACUCCAGCAGACUGGCCCUUUUCGGGUCCCGUUCGAAGUCCAAAUCCCCUGCUCCUCCCACAAACAACCCCUACGCCCAGCCUGCAGUCCCUCCCGAUCCGUACACAAGAGCAAAGAUGAGUGCUGGAGUGGCUCCCCCUUCAGAGCAAUCUUCAAAAGGUGGCUUCCAUGCUGGACCGGGUCCUCUGGGUCAUUCAGGAUUGCCUGGUCCUGGACAGCAGAGACCGCCACAAGGCCGGGGCAACCCAUAUGGUAACAAUCAGCCCGGUGGCUAUGACAAGACGUACGACUCUACACAAGGGGGCUAUGGCUCAGAUAAAUUUGGCAAUCAGAAUGGCUAUGGUGGUGGUGGCGGUAGUGGCGGUAGUGGCGGCAAUCCUUAUGCCAGUGUACAGCAACCCAGCGGUACUUCACGGCAAGGCGGCUACGGGGGACUGGGCCCUUCCAAUAUCUACGACAAUGACUCCAACCGUGACGAGCUCUUCGGCGGUGCCCGGGAGCGUGUGCAGCAAAAGCAACAGAACCAGCCGAGCGGGCCCCCUGACUACCAGUACAACUCAACCACCGAUGGUGGCGAUCGAAGCUACGGAGCAUAUGGAGAUCGUCAACUCACAGCCGAAGAGGAGGAAGAGGAGGACAUUCAGGCUACAAAACAAGAAAUCAAGUUUAUGAAACAACAAGAUGUGGCUUCCACCAGAAACGCCUUGCGGAUCGCUGCUCAGGCUGAAGAGAUGGGCCGCAAUACUCUUGCUAGGCUGGGUGCACAAGGCGAACGAAUGCACAAUACGGACAGAAAUCUCGAUAUUGGAAACAAUCACAUCAACAUCGCAGAAGACAAGACCAAAGAACUGAAAACACUGAAUCGAAGCAUGUUCGCAGUGCACGUCAACAAUCCUUUCACCGCGAAGGAAAGGCGGGCUCGACGAGAUGAGCAGAUUAUGGAACGCCACCAUAAUGAGAGAGAAGCCCGGGAAGCGACAAGGGAGGCUGCCUUCCAGAGUACUCAGCGUAUGAAUCAGAAUUUCAAAGGGCUGGAUGAUGCUUCAGCAGCACCUCGGGGGAAACAAAGUCUGGCUGAAAGAGCGAAAUAUCAAUUCGAAGCAGACAGCGAGGAUGAUGCCAUGGAAAAUGAAAUCGAUCGAAAUCUCGACGACCUUACUGGGGCAGCCAAACGACUAAAUUUGCUGGCACGUGCUACAGGUGAAGAAGUCGAACAGCAAAACCAAUUGAUUCAGAAUAUUGCGGAAAAGAGCGACCGCUUCGACGACCGCUUGCACUUCCAAACCGAGCGUUUGAAGAGAAUCAGAUAGGGUUUUCUUGCAAAUGGAAAUAUAGACGAUAUACUUCUUCAUGGCAGUAUCCCGUUCGAGGAAAAAUAUCGAGGGCUGCUUGAUGGAUGUCCCAGCUUGUGUCUUAUUGCGGGGCAAAUCGGAAGAUACUUGUAGUGGUGCCUCACAGAUCUGGAUCAGCAUGAUCAGCCCGACCCGAGCGACGAUCAACAACACGAUCGCAUAUCAAACGCUUACAACAACCUGUGAACCGUAUGCUCAGGUCGAUAUACCUAGACGCCAUUCAUGAGCCGGAGUAAUAAUGUCUACACUAUAUGAUAGAUCCAUCAGGAAACAGCUCUCUGUUAUCUGCGAGCAGAAAUUGUCAGGUCCACUGGAAAUACUAGCAGGGGCACUGGAGGUUGGAUCGUAUGUGCGCUCACCGCUGAAUUGUCUAGCAGAUCAGUGCUAAUGGCGUUGGUUACAAGAUUCUGCGGAUUUGUUUAUAGGUAAACAUGAGUUUGGGUCUGGUCACAGGUUUCGAGCUCUGAAAAGCUUUGUUAUGCACGGCGCAAAGCGAUGAAUCUGCCUGCCACAGAUUUCUGAAUUCUCAUAGCUGCAUUCGCUCUCAGACAUCCCCUUCACGCAUGGUCUUUGUGUGCUGAGCCUCCGGGGCAUCGUCGAU